UUGGAGGCCCGCUCGCUGCUUGCCUUCCACUUUCACACCCACCAACAAAACAGGGAAAUACGACAAAGUGUGGACAGCAUAUAUAUAAAGCACCACUCCCAGCUCAUCUUAGGGACCCUGGACCGAACCUCCUCCUGGCAGCUCAAUAUCAAGCUGGAACGCAACUACUUCUGACCUCCAGUCGCAUCCACCGACAGAAAGUCCUCCCGAGUCAAACGAACGGCGGAAGUUGAACGGUGCAACACUUUCCGAUAGCGCGAAAACAAAUUACUCUCGAGCACAGCGUAGACGCCUCCUUCUUUUUGUAUCACCUAUUUUCGAUAGUCGGUCCGACCUUGUUUGCCUAGCUGGCGCAUAUACCUCCAAACAGCAUGAGAGUGGCUGGUGGCUCUACACGCCGGACACCUCGUCUCUGGGACGACGCCUCCUCCGACGACGAGCAUUACUCCUACCGGGAACAAAGGAACCCCUACCUCGAGAACCCCUGGGUGCCCGAAGCGGCCGCUACCAGCAACGGCAGUGCACCGGCGACAGUAGAAGGGGGGAAGAAGUCCCUACCAACACUCCCGCCACGACUAUCCUCAUUGCCGACGCCGCCGCCGGGGAGUCCGGAUAGGGCGGAAGUGUCGGCAAGCGCAAAGCUAAGGGGUAGAUGGGCGGAGGAUGCGUUUGUGGAGGAUGAUGGUGAGGGAGAUAUUGGGGUGACGGAAUUUAGACCACAGCGGGAUGGGGAUCGGGAGGACGUUGAUGCGAGUGAUUUGCUAGACGCGGGACGGACGAAACAAUGGACAGCAGCGAAUAUGACUGCUGAACCCGAGUCUAGCGAGAGGGCGAGCCCUAUUCUACCCGUCGGUUUCCAGGCGUCGUUUACAAAAACAUCCACGAACUCCGGUAGCGCUGUUGCACCAGCAGAUCCAUGGGAUUCUCUCCUCACUGCAUCAUCAACGGCCUCGUCCCGAUCGUCACAACAGAAGCAACAACCCACAGAAUCCUUCCAUCUGGGCAACACGGACGCAUUAGAAGCAUUCCUCCUAGGAACCCCACCACCACAGACCGCGGAGAUCCCUCGGAUAAAGGAAGUCGCACGAUCUCCGCUAGUGGAUCUCCAGCCUGAUGUGGCCGUGAAUAUGGUGGAGGACGUAGUCCCACAAGCUGCUGAACCUGCCGAGACGCGGCAUGACUUUCCUGACAUUGAUCCGGAAAAGGCUGCUUUGAUGAAACAAAUAAUAGAACUCCAACGCACUCUCCGCCCCAAAAUCGCGCGCGUCACCCAAGCCCGCAUCGACCACGCUAAGCAAACCAACGAAACGCAGCUGCUGCAUCAAUAUAUGACGAAUCUCAUGGCCGCGUCAAGGAAGAUGGAGAAGGAGAAGGAUAUGACGAAAGUGGAUAAGCCUGCUAGGAAGAGUAGAUGGUUUUCUCGCUGAUGAAGGGAGGAGUUGGGGACCGGGGGAUUGUAUAGAGUGUAUCGAUGUAGCAUAAUUUUUGGCUGAGGCGGUGUCAGUUGAAAGAGAAAAUGGAU